UAGCUGUGGUUGCCCAGCAAUGGGAAGGAAGUCUGAGACCCGAGCACUGUGGGUAAAUGAAAGUGAGGCUUGGUUUCCAGGAAGCAGCACACAGAGUAACAUUGUGGGGAAAUGCAGCACCAAGACUGAGAGCAGUGUGAGAGUGAUUUACAGUUCAGGCACCGUGUGCUUUCAUUGUAUGGCCAUGUUUGCCAUGAAGGAGCGCUGUGGAUUUGUGGAUAUCAUUAUUAACCCUUGACACCCACUUUUGCAGUGUGCUUGGUGCUCUACUGGUGGCAUUCAGCGUUCGUAGUUUGGACGGUUGAAAGUACCUUGGAAUAAAAAUGGCAGAAGACGCAGUACAGAGCAUUGAAUCCACUUUGUGUGAUAAAGUUCUCCAGAUUACACUUGGUCAUUGUGACUCUUCUGAUAAUAUUAGUGGUGAUUCUUGCUCAAUUGUGACUCAGGAUUUAGGUUGCCAGGAGCAUUCAUCUGAAGAGUCAAGCAAUGCUCUUUGUAAUUUAGACUUAGAAGGAGUAUUCAGGGAUUCAUGUAAUACAGAUGAAGCAAACGGGUUCUUAUCAGAUGAAGAAUCAGCCAUUCAGGGACUGUCUUCCCUUCCUGUAGAAAGCAGUAUAUCCAAAAGAGCUCUCUGUUCAAGAUGCAGCCGUCCUCAAAAGGUGUGCCUGUGUCCUUUCUUGCCAGCUCAACCCAUUAACGUUUCCAUGAGUUUGUACAUUGUUCAGCAUCCAGCCGAGGAGAGCAGAGUUCUUCGGACUGUACCCUUACUGGCGGCGUGCCUUCCUGAAGAUAAAUGCAAAGUAUUAAUUGGUCGACGUUUUGGUGAAGAACGAUAUCCAGAGCUUGCAGCUGUCUGCAGGAAUCCCGGUACUUUUCUCCUGUAUCCUGGAGCUGAAGCAGCUAAUUUGGAAGAGCUGUCCCUAGCAGCCGAUCAACAGCCACACUCCCUCAUCAUAAUAGAUGGCACGUGGAGCCAGGCCAAAGAUAUAUUCUACAAGAAUUCCCUUUUCCGACUGCCAAAGCAGGUGCAGUUAAAAACCACUGUAUCAAGUCAGUAUGUCAUUCGAACUCAGCCUACUAACACUUGUCUAUCAACUCUGGAAUGUGCUGCUAUUGCCUUAUCAAUAAUGGAAAAAAACACUGCAAUUCAAGAGACGAUUCUCCGUCCUCUCCAAGCUCUAUGCUCCUUCCAACUACAGCACGGUGCUCAGAUUCAUCACAGCAAGGAACAUCUACUUAAAAGUGGCCAGUAUAAGAAGCCAAUACCAAAGAAUAAGAGGAAACUAAAGAGGAUGGAGCUUCUAGUUAACAACAUUAAAAUUUAGCUUUUCUUAUAAUAUAUACUGGUUCUGGUGAAUCGUUAAGAAACCUCAAUUUUUUUUAACAUAUGUCAAUGGUCUCCAGAAUAUUAUUUUGUUAUAAAACUUCUUACCUCAAACUACAAAUUCAGUUUUAGGUUAAUAAGAGCGGUCUUAGUGUAAAGUUAUUUUUUCCUAUGCAAUUAAACUUUAUAGAUGUUGAAAAAAAAAAAAACAUUAAAAUACCUGUUUUGCAGAAAA